AUGUUACGUUAAUUCUCAUGUCGAUAAAUUAGGUUAUAAGCAAACCACUUGUUCAACCAUCGGUAUUAUCAAAUGCCAAUCAAUAAAUUAAAAAUUAACGAUGUAAUUGUGAAUUACUUUCGCGUAAUUUCGGUACAGAAAGUUAGACUGUUUAAUUAAUUGAUAUUUUACCGUAUAUUACAUUCUCAUAUUUUUCGGCAUGUUGAGCAUGUUUCGAUACGUUUAUGUUGGUAGAACGCUGUAUGAGCGUGGUACGCAAUUGAGGUGUUUUAUUUACAUUUGAAAUGUUCGAAAACAUUCUUCAACGUGCAUUUUCAUCCGAAUGAAUAAAUACGUAGAGGAAAUGAAUUAACUCUUACAAUUAAAAUAAUAAAAAAACGCUGUAAGCGUUGGACCGUCUGUAGUUUCAAUGUGAAAGCGUGAUUAAAAUAACAACAUUGUGAAAAAUUGACGAUAUCGGGGUCCGUUGAUUGGGAAAAGUUAAAAAAAUCAGCCGUUUGCUGUGUUCAUUUUAUUUAGAAACAAUCACGAGUCGCGAAGUUGACAACGUCGUUUAAUUGAACGAGAGAAGGAACGAUAAAAUGUCUAUAAAAACGAAAGAAAUAAAGAAAAUAUUAAUACCCAUAGAGGAACAAGUAAACAAAAUAAGAGAACUAAUAGAAAAUAAUUCUUUGUGCACAAACGACAUUCUACGGAUAAAAUCGACGCUUUUCGAUCGAUUAGAAUGUUUAGGAGAAAAAUUUGAUGCCCUAUCAAAGGAAAAUAUUAGUGAUUACGAAGAGAUGGAAUCAAGAAUUGCCAGUAUAGUACAGGAGUUUUGCUCCCUUGAACACAUAGAUGAUACGGGAAGAAGUAUAGACAAACAGAUUGCUGGACAAAUUUUAUCCACCGUAUUCGAUAAAUUUAAACUAGCUCUCGAAAAUUUGGAAAAAUUAGAAUGUCUGCCACUGAAACAAAGGCUAAUGGACUGUUUAGAUUAUGUUGGAGAAAUGGGCAAAGCCGAUGAGAUUGAACAUUUUCAAAACAUCAAAGAAUUGGGAACUUCUAUUUUGGAAUUGCUUAUACCUUUACAAAUAUAUAGAAAAAGUUUGGUAUCUCGUGCACACUCAGAAAAGAUUGUAUUAUAUUUGUGUCAAUUGUGUACAGCAUUCAAGUUGCUAGUCCAAUUAGUGCAAGAACAGCAUCAAUUAAAUACACCAAUUUAUAAUUGCAAGAAAUACAUCUGCGAAAGGAUUUGCUUCUGUUUAAAAAUGAUAAUAGGAAUAUUAGAUACACCAGAUCCGUUACCUGAGGAUGAAAUAUUAGAAAAAGAAAAUCAUUUUGUUUAUAGAAUGGAUUUGGUGUUGGAUAUUUUAGCAGAAAUGACACACAAAUCUCAAGAAGAUCAAAUUCAAGAAUGUAAAGAGUUAUGGGUACCGAUAGAAGAUGUAUUCGCGUGUGCAAUGGCAAUAGCACAAGUGUGCAAUCCCUGCAGUUUCAAAGCAAUUACUGGAACCUGUCAUUCCAUCAUCUUGGAAUAUGAGAAUUUGAAGUUUCAGUUAACGUCCGAAUCGUCUGACUCAGCCCUCAAUAAUUUAUUUAUGAAUAGUUUGAACGAUGCUCUGUAUCGCUUGGAACGUAAAAUCAAUGUAUCCGUACUGAAUCUCGUUAUGGAAGUCUUCAGCGAUCCCUUUAGUGCUUUAAGAAAACUCGUCACGAUCUGUGGUAAUUCACUGGUCGCCAAACACCGAUCCAAAAGUGAUCUGACCGAUGCUAUAGAAGAUUUUGAUCAAAUUAUAGACAAAUCUAUGCAAAUUGGGUUGUUUGCUAUUGCCUCUUGCAAAGAUAGAAAUCGAAUAAAUCAAAUACGGAAUUGCUUAGCGAGUCUUGAAUCAUUAGAAACUGAAUUGAUUUCUUCAAUCACUACUUUCUAUUUACAUCCAGGGAGCAAAGAAAUGCGAGCAAAUGUGAAGUUAUUAACCGGUCAGUGGCAAUUAGAAGUAAAUAAGUUACACGACGCCAUUAAUCUGGUUAUGGAUUCGGCAGCCUAUUGCGAGGUAGUUUUAGAUGAUAUUCAAGAACGUAUAUCGAUAAUGUCCAAUUGCCUUGACAAUAGAGAACCAGUCACUCAAGCACAAGUACAGAGCGUUGUGCUUAGAUCUUUGUCAUUGUCUCAGCAGAUCAGUACAACUGUAAAUGAUAUUGGAAGCGACAUGAUUGAACGGCAAACGAUAAUGAUGAUCAGAGAAUUAAAAGCUGCAAUAUACGAGGCUGACGCUGCAGCGAAGAGUCUCCUAACAGACAAUGCUACGGAACCUCAACAAUUACGAGUAAUAAAACGAUGCGAAUUAAUUUUGAAUGUCGUGAAGAGAUUGCAUCCCGCUUUGGUUGCCAUCAUGAACAACACGUCUAUGAUAAAUGCGAAUUACGGGAAAAAUGGGAAAGGCCAAGGAGAUACUAUUCACGAGAUGAGUAGUCGAGUACUGUCCACGAUUUGCGAAUCGUCUCAUAAUUGUCCGCAAAAACAGUUUACGUACAUAAGAACUCCCUACACAGUGAGUAAUUACAAAUCACCUUUAUCUAUACAAACUGCUAAUGGCGUAUGUAGACAGCAGUUACAUUUAUCAUGUCUGAUCCCGUAUAUCAAGAAGGGUCGGGAAAUGCGAACAGAACGUUCGGUUAUGUAUAAAACACCGCGCAAGGAUAACUCCAUAGGGCGAACGUCGAAAAAUAAUAGACUGAAAACCAGAAAUUUGUCUAACAUUAGACAACACCUUUUCAGUAGAGACAGUAUUAGUUCUCAGGAUGAUAUUUACUUCUCUGGAGAAAGCAUUAACUUAACGGAUAUUCUGGAAAAAUUUGUAACCACUUGUACAACUUUAAACUCGAAUGCAUCGAAAUCUCAUUCGGAUAAGCAACAACAGAAUAACACGACAGGUGUAGAAAAUAAAAAAUCAGUUUCAAGUGUAACCAUAAAUGAACCAUUGGUUCGUCCCUUGAAAACUGAGUCCGACGUAACGACUCGUCAAAUAGAUCAGUGUUCAUCGAUUGGAGGCGGAGAUGGACCAUUGAUCAAAGAAACGUCGAAAAGUUACAGCAAUAUUCAACGAUUGAAUCAUAGUACAGAAGUAACAGAGAAAAUAUUUAGCAAUUAAGAAAUAAACAUGCUACAUUUAUAUGAUUUACCGAGAGUAUGUUUUAGCGUUCCAAUUUCCAUUCCGGACACCCCUGGAAAACAAGAAUAUCAAAUUUAAUAAUGUUACAUGUAUUUCAAUUAGAAUAAAAUGUCCCAAGAUUCCUCGUUGUGAAAUUAAACAA